AACUGAUUUGAUUGAGAAACGACAAUUCACAUCAUUUCCUCUCCGACCCGACGCUGUGAUUGGAGUGCUCACACACCAUUUCCUCUCCCCUCUCCAUUCACAUCAGCGCUCCACGCCUCCCUCCGCCCCGAAUUCCCAAAUCCAGCGCCUCCGCUCGCCGAAUCCUUUCCGCCGAACACGCCAGCGGAAUCCUUCUCCUGCACUCGUCUUCCUCCUCCCCUCUACUGAGCUGGCGUGGCGUGGAGGUCCAUCCGCACGUGGAUUGGUCUCUCCUUUUGUUGUGCUAUCAAAUAAGCCAAUUCCACGUGUCUUUCAAGACUGCUUAGAGACUCCACUGAUCCCUUGACCAAUCAAAUAUAAAAGAACAAGUGAACAACUCUGCAUCGUGGGUUGGCCCCUUCAUAUUUUCAGUGUCCUGCAUUCUCUGAUGUUGCCUCUUGCUUUAAAGUGAAAGCUCUGUCCUCCUUUUGGGAGCUUUAGAGGUGAAAGGAACAUAGGACUAGAGAGGAAUAAACAAUGGGAAAAGGAGAUGUGGCCACUAGGUCCAAAUCUCAGAAAUCGUUGGCAAUACAGAAUGAACAGAGUACACAUACUUAUCCCCCCACAGCAUAUCCUGACUGGUCUCGGUUCCAGGCCUACUAUAAUCCUGCUGGGACGGCUCCUAUGACCCCACCAGCUUUUUUCCAUUCAUCUGUGGCUCCAAGUCCUCAGGGGCACCCAUACAUGUGGGCCCCACAGAUGAUGCCUCCUUAUGGGACACCACCGCCAUAUGCAGCGAUGCAUGCACAAGGCACACCUUAUCAGCAGACACCCAUGCCACCGGGUUCACACCCAUACAGUCCUUAUCCUGUGCAAUCACCAAAUGGGACAGUUCAAACUCCUACAUCUGGUGCUGGCGUUACAGAAACAGAUAAAUCAAGCAAAAAUAAGCGGAAGACUCCCCUGAAGAGAUACAAAGGAAGCUUAGGUUGUCUGGAUGUUGUUACAACCAAAAAUAAUGAGUCACCUGCAAAACCUUCAGCUUCCUCCUCCAAUGAAGGUUCUUCACAAAGUGAGAGUGGAAGCGGGAGUUCUUCUGAAGGAAGCAGUACAAAUUCCAAAAGUGGUUCAAGGGCAAAGGAUGGUUCUGAAGGUGGGAUGGUUAAUGAUGCUAGGAAUAAAGGUACUCCGAGCUCAGCAGUUGUGCUUAACCCUAUGAUUCCAUUUUGGCCUGUUCCCCCACCCAUGGCUGGCCCAGCAACUACUCUAAACAUGGGCGUGGAUUACUGGGGUGCUCCUACGUCUGUACCCAUGCAUGGUAAAGUUAUUGCAGCACCGACAUCAGCUCCUUCAUCAAAUUCACGUGAUGUUCUGAGUGAUCCGGCUAUACAGGAUGAGCGAGAAAUGAAGAAACAAAAACGGAAGCAAUCAAAUAGGGAAUCAGCUCGCCGCUCAAGAUUACGCAAGCAGGCUGAAUGGGAGGAAGUAGCCAUCCGUGCAGAUUUGCUAAAGCAGGAAAAUAGUUCACUUAAAGAAGAAUUGAAACAACUUCAGGAGAAGUGUGAUAGCUUGACCUCAGAAAAUACAUCUCUACAUUGCUUGCAGGAGAAGCUUAAAGAACUUGAAGACGAGAAAUCAAAUGGAAACUUGUACAAAGAUUGAAGGCGGAAGCUUCUCUCUUUCUGACUGCUGAUAUAAUUUGGAGGACAGAUAGGUCCGAUAAUCAGGAGGUAUUCAUGCAUGCUAUUAGAUUUUUGGCCGAGGGGUAAAACUGUAUUAUAGGAUUUGACAUGAUUGCUACAGAUUCUUCUUCCGGUUGCCACAGCUGCUGUGCUCUAUGUUUUCUUCUGUCUUUGUUCUAGAUGCUACAGAAGUAUACUGCUAUGUCGAAAUCCCUGGGUGAUGUUUGAAACUUGGGGAUUGGCGUAUGAUAUAGUUGUUGUAGAGCUGCUCACUGAGCUUAUUGACCUGAACUGUAGAGUGUUACAGUUAUUAUUCGUGAUUUAUCAAUUCUGAUGUACAAUUUUUACUGUACAAAUGGAUAGCAUUUACAGAUUUCACUUGCA